AUGGCAUUUGUGUUGUUAAACAGUUUUAUGGGGUCUGCAGCAGGUAAAAAGGUUGACGAUAACGACGAUGAAGUAUUGUCUGCAAAAGGACAACAGUAUGUGGAUGAAGAGAUUAAGAGAGCGCUGUUUGGAGUGAAACAUAUGAAAGAAGUGAUGGACAGAGAAGAGAAUAAACAUGAACAACUCAUUAAGACUCUAAAAACCAGCUAUGAGAAGAAAAUGGGUGUAGAGCAACUGGUCCAGGAGGCGGAGCAGAAGCUGCUGGAGGCGGAGCAGGACUGCCAUGAUAGGCUGAGGCCAAUGUGGGAGGAGUGUCGACUAUGUCUGGAAGACAGGUGUAGGAUAUUCUACACGUCUACAUGCCGACGGAGCUAUACAGCCUUCACUGUACAGGUUGAGGAGAUGUUCCGAAGAAUGGCAUCCCAAUUGGAUCAAAAUCAAGACCUGGUCUUCAACCAGAACCUGGACAUCCUGACUGAAAAUCAGAACAAGACCCAACAGUACCAAGAGACAGAAAAACACGACCAAAUCCAGAAGUCUAACCAGACCCAUACCAUAGCUGGCCCCGGUCCCUCUGGUCUAGACCAGGACCUGGUUUGGGUAAAGACCUCUUUUGGCCGUAUCCAGGUAGCAGUUGAUUCUCUUUACGCCGACAGUCUGGCUCUGGUCUCAGCCAUGAGGAGAGAGCUUGGUCCAGCUUUUUACGCUGCAUUUACUACAGAGGUCCAGCCAGGACCCCCACUGCUUGCCGGCAUUGCCCAGACAGGAGCCCCCCAAGAGGGCAUGGACCUGAGCAGAGCCCUGGGUUCAUUUGUGGAGUUGGGCCGCAGUGUCUUACAUGAGGUCAGCUCAGCGAUAACGGAAGUGUUUGAUGAAGAUGAAGAAAGCAUAGGAGAAGGGCCAACACAGAGAGGUUCAGGCUGGUUGCCUGCCUGGGCGUUUCCAAGCAAACAGCUGUGCAGACAUCUGCGCAGACAGGCGUCUGAGUGCAGACAGCUGAAGAGUCAGUGUGAGAACUGCCAGGAAGCCCUACUCACAGAGUGUCCCACAGUACCUCAAUUUUACACAGAGCUGGGUGAGAUCACCCUGCUGAUGAACGAAUCUCGUCGGCAGUAUGAGGAGUUUCUGCAGGUCAUUCAUACGUACACCGAGGACACACGCCGCUGGGCAGAGAGCGCGAUGGGCAAACAUGCAUGGAUCACACACAUCGCCGACGGAUCUACUCCACCACACAUCUUCAGUCUGAUCAAGGUGGUUCUUGGCAAUACGGGUGCGACGGUGGAGGUAUCAGUGCUGGACUCUCCUGUCCUAUCCGUCACUGUGCCGGCUGGCCUGGAGGAGUCUGAACCGGCUUUCAUCCAGUACAUUGCUCAAGAGGCUCUGCUGGCAUACAAACAAACACUGUCCAGCUCUACUCUCAGGUGA